AUGGUGUUGUUUUGUACUUGGAUCGCGGCGGGGAUCGCUGUGGAGAUUUCGGUGUUGACCGACGAAGGUCACCCUGGAGAUUUGGGCCUGGACUGCGGCACAAAUCGCCGUCGAGAUUUUGGUUUUGAUCGCAUCGGGGGGCCCGUGGAGAUUUGGGGCUGGAUCGCAGCUGAGCUCGCCGUGGAGAUUUGGAUAAAAACCAGAGCGGCGGUCGCCGUGGAGAUUUUGCCCUGGGUCGCCGCAGUGAUCGUCGUGGAGAUGUUUGCAUGGAUCGCCACGGCCAUCGUCGUGGAGAUAUUGGCGUGGAUAGUUACUGACAUCGCCGUGGACGCUUUGACCUAUGAUCCCUGUGCAGAUCGAUGUGGAGACUUCGUGAGAAGAGAUUUUGGCCUGGAUCAGGGAGGAGAUUUUGGCCUGGAUCGCAAUGGAGAUCGCCGUGGAUAUUUUCGCAUGGAUCUCGGCGGGGAUCGCCGUGGGAUCGCCGUGAAGACCGCGGUUGAAAUUUGGACCUGCAUCGCAGUGGAGAUCGGAAUGAUCGGGGAGGCUUGGACCGCUGCGGAAAGUGCAAUGGAUAUUUGGGCCUGGAUCGCAGCGGAGAUCGUCGUGAUCAUCUGA